AUGGCGAGCCGUCACGUCUUCACCCAACGACUCAAGUCCGGGGUCAUAUUCUCGGCCCCCGGCAACUUGUUGUCUAUGCCCGAGGGAGGCUGGGGUGACGAUACACCAAUAAAACGACGGAAAAAACCCCAGAGAAAAUCCAAAAACCUUGGCCUCGAUCACUUUUCUCACUGGGUAGCGAAAGUGGCGCCUUAUGACGAAUCAUACGAUACUGUCGAAAGCUUCAUGUCGGGUGAAAAUACCCGAGGCAUUGGGAAUGAAUACAGGCCCUACUCAGUAUCACCAUACCCCGAGCCUGAAGUGGAAAUUGCGUCGGCGACAACAUCUGAGAUGACACUAUGUCUGCCGAUGCUCAGUGUUUCUUUGACAGCGACUGUGGAUGGUACAGUCUCUCAUACAGAGCUGGUGCAGAAGUUUCACAAUCCUUCUGAUAUUAUCAUCGAAUCUGCGAAGCACGUGUUCCCCCUGUACGAUGGAGCUGUCAUCACAUCCUUCGAAUGCACCAUGGGCGACGAGCGCCGCAUCAGGGGUGUCGUCAAGCCCAAGGUGCAAGCCCGAAAGGAAUUUGAAGAAGCAGUCCGCGAUAAAGUGGCAGCUCCCGCUCUGUUGGAACAGCACACACCUGAGAUCUUUGAGACAUCUCUGGGGAACAUUCCCGCAGAUACAACUGUGGAGAUCAAGAUCAUGUACGUUCAAGAGCUCAAGAUCGUCAUGAUGGAGUCAGAAGCGACAGAAGGUAUAGCUCUUACGAUUCCGAUGUCUAUCGCUCCACGCUAUAGUAAAACGCCAAUUGAGUGGGAGCCUGCAUCGAAGGUACCAGAGGAGAAGCUUGAUAUAUGGAUCAAGGUCGUGGAUAAUGGAAAGGUCAACCAUAGAGGUUGUGAUGAGGAGUCAGGUCACCUCCUUCAAUUCGAGGGUUCUAAACCUGUCGAGUACUCCAACUUUCUGGAAAAGGAUGCAUCAUCUAAGACCUACUAUGUUUGGCAUCAUGUAUCUGAGCCAGCCAUUCUCAGAAAGGACUUUGUGUUUGUCAUUCAAAUGAAAGAAGACCACCAUAUCAAGUCCAGAGCCAUCGCCCGUCCUGCUGACGACAAUGGUUUCGCCGCCGUGACGGUAAACAUCCGGCCCAACGAUCUCUUCCGGAACGCCAUCAUUCCACAAUCAUUCACUGGAGAGAUUUUGUUUCUUCUUGAUCAGUCUGGAUCUAUGGAAUGGUCAAACGGCUCACCAGACUAUGGCAGACGUCACACUGGAUCACGCAAGAUUGAUGUGAUGCGGGAGGCAAUGCUGCUAGCUCUUUCAGGCAUACCGUCAACAUGUGUCUUCAAUGUUAUUUCCUGGGGCUCGGCAACAAUGGGUCUUUGGGAGACCUCGCGGCCUCACACACAGGAAAACAUUAGAGAAGCCAAGGGUUACGUGUCUCAGGUAGAGGCUGACAUGGGCGGGACGGAUCUCCUUCGGGCGUUGGAAUCCGUGGUGAAGCGACGAGUGCAGGACAGAGGAUCAACGCAAAUCAUCAUUCUCACAGAUGGCGAACUGGAGCCGGAAGAGUCUAUAGAGUUCAUCUGGAAGAAACGUCAGCUGUUUGGAGAUAGCAUUCGGUUCUUUGCCCUAGGCAUUGGAGACGAAGUAUCUCAUCGUCUCGUUGAGAGUAUCGCGGAGUGUGGUGGUGGCUACAGUGAUGUAGUCCAUACUACGCAGACACCGAGAUGGCAUGAUCGAUUGAAUCGGUUGCUGAAGUCAGCGCUGGAGCCAAACAGCUGGAGCUGUGAUAUUGAUCUCGGCAGUCAGUUCGAGCGGAAGGACCUUACCGAUUUCAAGCUCAGAGAUGAAAAUGCCUUGGAGAGUGGAAAGACAUCUUACAUCCAAGCCCCCUUUCCAAUCUCGUCUCUGCAUCCUUUCAGCUUCGCCUCCAUCUCUUUCUUGAUCGAUCUUCGUCACGGUGGGGAGCUGCCCAAGACUGUGACUAUAAGCACAACAACAGCUGGUGCAAAGAAGAAGACUUACGAACUACCCAUCGAGACUUCAUCAGGCAGCGAUGGCAUAAUCCACCAAUUAGUGGCCAAAUCGGUUCUUCUGGAUCUUCAGGAUCAGAUCAAACGCGGGACAGCUGAGACGAAGAUUGCUCAAGAAAAUGGAGAGAAUAUUGGCACCAUGUACUCCAUCACCAGCAAGUGGACAAGCUUCGUGGCUAUCUCGGAAAACCAGCCUACCCAGACUGUUGAAGAGCAAAAGAUGAAUCACUACAAGGCGCUUUUUGAUGAGAUAGACAUUGACGAGCUUCUCAACAACUUCAGUGAAGACGAGUAUUCAUCUUCGGGCUCUUCCAGUAUCAUCAGCUAUGAUGCCUGUCAAAGCGCCCGAAGGAAUAGUAUGGGGUUACCAUCAACAUACAGCUACCCUACUAUUCCAGGAAAUCCUUUGACGACGGGCCGAGUCCUCCAGUCCGCGAGUGGUUAUGCACAUCCCAUAAUGCAAAGUAUGAGCCAUCCUCAGCCCGCUCCCGAUCCAAACGCAGAUCUUUCUCGUGAUCCGGCCCUCAUUCACUCCGGGAAAAGCCCCGCCUACCCUCAGAGUCUUAGCAAAGAGGCCACGGAGGCAAACCACCAGCCAGAGCAGGAUUCGCAAGCCUCUGAGGAACCUGAUUGGUCUUAUUUGCUGAGUGAUGGGAACGAUCUUGGGGGCAGUAGGUUCGGCAGACCACCCCCAAUACCAGCUCCCACCCCUAGGGCUGCACCAGACCGGUCACCGGCUGGGAUGAGUUUACCACCUCGAUUUAUGGAGGGUAGUCGAGGUGAACAUCGUGAGGUUAGGCAAUGUUCUUUGGAGGAUGAUGAUGAGCCCGAAGCUCCUCAUCCAGUGGGAGCUCCUGUUACACAGCACGUGGGCGAUCCAGUACAGAAAGAACUCCAAAGAUCUGGGGAUUUAAUUGCAGCUCGGAGUCUAAGAGCCCGUUCGAAGGAGGUGCCUGGGCCGAGACCUUGGGAGGACCAGGACUCUAGUGAGUCCCAAGCUCGGGAGAACAGUGUUAGUGACGAUGUCGGCUUACCAACAAUAGAGCGCGUUCAUGGAGACGGCUACCCAGAAUUGAUUGGCGCGGACUUCCUUCUUUAUCCUAAUGACUCUGAUUGGCGAGACGCAGAGAAGUCGGCGCGUGCGCGAGCGGAUACUGAAGACGACGGCUUGUCGGACUCAUCAUCACGUUUGGAAGGACACGCCCGAAAAGAUCCUCCUUUCCCUAGCUUUCGGCGAUUUGACGAGUUUCUUGACGAGUUUCCUUCAGAGGACGCUUCAGAUGAUGGCGAGACUUUUGUUUUUAAGCUGCCGGAUGCUGCUGAAAACACUUCACCUUGUCGACCCCACGUUGAGCCUUCCACCUCGAGGCCAUACUCUCCGUCGCAGGCAACACCAAUACUCAUCGGACACGUUCCACCUAGCAAGCCUAUCGCUACUGGUGAGAGCCUCUGUGAAAAGGUCCAUCAAUUCAAGGAAUCUGCCCAAGCAGGGGUUGCUCAUGAGCCUAUGGUCUCACCUAACGCCAAUCGAGGAAUCGCCAUACCGGCAGCUGUUAUAAAACCGGAAGAACCACAGGUAUCUGAUGGCAGUUUCAAGUCAAGAUUGCGAGGUCGUUUUGAUAGGUCAUCGAGCACCGGGUCUAGUGAUCCUGGGGAAUUCGUUUUUGGAAAGACAUCGAAAAAGUCAACAAUUAAGGAACGCACGUCCGUGCCAGCGGGUACGUCAGACAGCAUCGUGCAGCAUAGCGUGUCUGGCCCACCAUCAUCUAUGCCACAAGACUCUGCAAUUUUCGAGCUUUCGGACCCUGAUGCACCUGGGACACAUAGCGAUAGAAGUCUCAGCACAUUGUCUGAGCUUGCGGAGUAUUCAUCGGCUAGUCGGGCACCUUGGGCAGAGCAAGAGGUUGUACUUGGUGGUCCUAAAUACCCUACUUACAGAGCUCAUCCCAUUCCCAGGCCCGAAAAUUAUCAACACGGUGGCUCGAGAGCUUCGGACGGCGACGGGAAGGAUAAUGGGGCAAUGAGCGCCACGUACAUUCCGGCGGACAGUGUGAAUGGUCUUGAGCCUCCUCCCGUGAAUUCAUACUCAAAGUCUUCUCUUGUACAUGGACUCCCAUGCACUCCUUUCUUUUCUCUCGACAGACGUCAUAGUCCAGAAGGUAAUACACAAACUCUGGGCCUUAUGAGGACGCUUCCAUCUCGAAUAAAGGUCUAUGGCCCUCUGGACUGGCAGUUUGCGAUGGAGUGUCAAGACGGUCAGGGUCUCUUUGACCUUGGCGAGGAGAGGCCAUCUCUACACCUGCACUUUUGUAUUGAGACUGCCACGAAGAUCGGUCCUCAGAUUUCUGAGCUUCUACAUAACUCAUCAACUGCAGCAGAAGAGAGCGAUGAUAUAUUUGCCCGACUGCUUGACACGUUGAUGAUGAUCGAGUGUUAUAAGACGCACCGAGCGCAGGAGGAAGAUACGUGGGAUCUAAUGAUGGAGAGGGCGUGGGACGCGGUGAUAUUGGUUCUUGGACUCUCAGAUGAGGAAGAAACACUGGAGGAACUGGCGGGUCGAUUGAGGGGAGCUAUGAUGCAUGCGCAUUAUGUUGCAGCAACGGGAGUCAAGGACUCGGAGAAGGAUGAGGAUACAACGGGCACUACGAGAUGUCCAGCCUGUGAUGUGAUUUGGCGAACAACAAGACAAUUCUUUUGUCCGUUUGAUCACGAAUCUGACGGCGUUGAUGAGUUUUCGAGAUGGGCUGAUUUUUGGAGACAUCAGAUGAACGAGGGACAUGUCGUUUGUGCUCAGGGGGUCAUUUACGAGUGA